UGGUUGUAAUGAAGGUGCUUGCAUUUUGAUUUGUUUUGUCCACCUGCCAAUAGAAAAUCAGCGUCAGCUGAUGUCUGAUCGCGAAUGUGUGAUUAGAAAUUAAGAACUUGUUUACUCACAAAACACAACGAAAGAAGAUAGACGUUCAUGCAAAAUUUCGCGAAGCGUUUAUUCGGUGAAUUUAGUUGGAAUCGUACGUUCAAUUGUGUUUGUUAUUAAUUUGUUUUUGAAAUUUCGUAACCAGCUGUUCCCUUUAAAUACAUUGUGAGCUCGCGAGAGGCGUUCAGUCUUUUCGAAUUUAGUUACCACCACGAAACGAACAACUUGUGCAAUAGUAUAACUGGUACCUUUUUUGAAAUUUUCUUUGUUUAAAAUUCAUCGUAAUUUUGACAUGUUACAAAUGUGAUCUUGUUUCGCGAUUUGCUUAUCACUUUCACGCUGUUUCGGUAGAUCGGUAACUGAUUACAGUUUCAUUUGCAGCGUUAAUGGAAGAUGAAUUAUCUGGGUAAAUUUAUCGAUAAUUUUCGGCACGUUUAUAAAGAAAUAAACGCUGCUACGUUAACUGGAGCUAUCGAUGUCAUUGUCGUCGAACAACCCGAUGGCAGUUAUACCUGUUCACCAUUUCACGUUCGUUUUGGAAAAAUUGGAGUUCUACGUAGUCGCGAGAAAAUCGUGGAAAUCGAAAUCAACGGCGAACCAUGCGACAUUUACAUGAAAUUGGGAGAAUCCGGUGAAGCUUUUUUUGUCGAAGAGUUAUCAGACGAAGAUAGAAGCGUUCCGCAGCACUUGGUGUGCUCUCCUAUCCCAUAUUCCGAAAGCCAAGACCUUAUUGAAACCGAAUCAGCUGUCUGGACUGCGGUAUCUAAUCUCAAAGGAUCUCAAGAAUUGCCAACGGAAAUAUUAGAUGACGCUCCGAUCAGCACUUUGAAAACAUUUCACGCCAAGACGGUGCAAUCGUUGUCAGAUUGCGAGAUUCCCACAUCAUCCGAUUUUCGUCCUAUACAAAGUCUUUCCGAACACGAAGGUUAUCAGAGUUCAUCGGAGGUGGAUAAAUUAGCAACGUUGAACAAAUCCGAGACCAAUGUGGCCGUCAAUAAUAAUAAUAAUAAACCCUCAAAUAAUAAGAAGAAAAGGCGAAGGAAGAAGAAAACCUUAUCGAACGAGUUUAAAAAAGAAUCCACCGAUAAGAUCGAAGAUGAAGACGAAGACAAAGAAAAAACAUCCGACGAGAAUCCAACUGCGUCAACUCAUGAUUCAUCGGAAAUCAACGAGUUUAAUAAAUCCAAUCUAUUAAAGCAAGAUGACGAAAUCGCUAACUUGCCACAAACUCAAACUUCACCUCCGUUGAAUACUGAUCUGCAUUUCUUCAGCGAUACUGACGUAACUUGCAGCAACGAACCCAAACAUUUCUCACCGGUGCAAUCGGAUACCGAAUUCGAAGUAUCGAGGCUGAAAGAUUGCGACGAAUGUGCCAUAUCAUCGGUAGACGACGCCAAUAAACAAUUAGCCCAUCGACCAUCCUGGCGAUGGGGUGAAUUACCAUCGCCUAUACCUAAAUCCGAACUGCAAGAUUUAACCGGUAAAAAGGAACCAACUCAAGAACGCGAUCCCGAGGUUCAACGUUCGAUGUUAGCGAGUAUGUUAGGAUUUAUGAAAAAAACCAAACAUAUACGAAACAACGAAUUGGAAGGUUCGAUUUAUCUUUCGCAAUUAGACGCCGAUGAAUUAGAUCCCGAGAUUGCGAGAUUAUAUUUACCUCAUUGUCGCUGUAUGGAGUCUUAUAAACCGGAAGAUGAAUCGAAAGACGGCUGCGACGAUAAAGACGAAGAUGUGGAAUCUGGUAAUGGACCAUCAUUGGCUCAGUCUCCGGUUAGUGAAGUCGAAGCAUCUAUGGGUCCUGAUCACGACGACGACGAAGACAGAUCCGAUGAAAUGUGCAAGGAUAAUUGGGAUUUGGCCAUGUCAUUGUGUGGCGGACAAGGUAACGUCGAUAGCGUUCCAACUUUCGAACAGUUCAACGAACAUCUCAUCUCCUACGAACAGUUCAUCAACGAUCCGGCUAUUUUUAAGAAUCCAAAUCUAAUGUUUCGUAUCAACGGCAACAUUUACAAAUGGGAUGCUGCCUGUCCGCAAUUAAUUUCAUACGCUUUGUUUAAGCAAGCUCUGCCAAAAGAAGUUCUCGAUAGAUUCGAAAAAGAGAGAGUACCUAAAUCGGGCAAUGUUUCCAGUGGCGAUAAUAGCAGACAUAGGAGAGGAUAUUAUUCGUGGUUUUAUUGGUCUCGAGCCACGCAAAAUAAACCAGGCGAACCUUCUCAAAAUGACAAAAAACUCGAAAUGGAAUCAAUGGACCCGAAAUUACCACCUCAAACUAGUUCGGACACAUUCGACGACGUAACACCGAAUACGCCCACCAAUGAACCAGAUUUCCUUAGCGCUCAGGAAAACAACGAUAUAAAACGUUUACGUACGUAUAGUUCGACUGAUUCGGAAUUGGAAAAUACCGAUAAUAGUAUCCCGAUUAAAGAUAAACCAGAAAAGUACAGAAAAACGCUGCGUUUAACGUCCGAACAAAUUGCCAGUUUGAACUUGCAACCGGGUGCGAAUGAGAUAAUGUUCAGCGUGACAACAGCGUAUCAAGGUACAACUCGUUGUAAAUGUACGUUAUUCUUAUGGCGUUACGACGAUCAAAUAGUCAUUUCCGACAUCGAUGGUACCAUUACGAAAUCUGAUGUGCUUGGCCAUAUUAUGCCGAUCGUAGGAAACGCUUGGGCCCAAAGCGGUGUUGCAAAAUUAUUCAAUCGUAUCGAAGAUAACGGAUAUAAACUUCUGUAUUUAUCGGCUCGAGCAAUAGGUCAAUCGAAAGGCACCAGACGAUAUUUGAAUUCGAUCAAACAAGAAGAUCUUACUUUACCAGAAGGUCCCAUAUUGUUAAAUCCCACCAGUUUACUGAGCGCUUUUCAUCGGGAAGUAAUCGAAAAGAAGCCGGAAGAAUUCAAGAUAUCUUGUUUGAGAGAUAUUCAAGCUCUCUUCCCGCCGAAUUCUAAUCCUUUCUACGCCGGUUACGGUAAUAAGAUAAACGAUGUUUGGACAUAUCAAGCGGUUGGCAUUCCUAUGUUUAGAAUUUUCACGAUAAAUCAUCGAGGAGAAUUACGACACGAAUUGACUAAAACUUUUCAAUCAUCGUACUUAAGCAUGUCGCAAAUCGCCGAUCAAUUGUUCCCGGUCAGAUCGAGGCAAACUUUAGCCGAAGAAUUUUCCGAAUUUAAUUACUGGCGUGAUCCUAUUCCUAGUAUCGAAGAAUUACUGCCAACAGCUUAAUGCGAAACCCAUACCAGUCAAAUAUCGCUCGGCUUUUCUUUGCGGAAAUUACACGUGAUAAUGUACUUAGAUUUUAGUGAUGUAUGCUCUCAAAAUUAUCAGACGUACCGAUCGGUAAUUUUUUCAAAUGCUUUUAUCAAACUACCUACUACUAUACCUACGUUAAUUUAUUAUUCAUCGGAUGACGUAAAAAAUUUUGAAGCACUCGUAAUGAAAUUCAUCGUACGAAUUUCUUUUACGUUUGGCAGAAUUCGCCGUCAUACCUCCUUUACCUAUCAAUAUUUUGAUAAUUUUCUCCCAUCGAUAAAAAUGUAUCGCAUUCCAGCGGAAACAAUAUUUAUUCGUAUUCGACGUAAUAAAAUACGAUGCAAGUGUGGUCGAAAUUUUGGUAAACAUAUUUACGAAAAAUACCCGAGUGAGGUUUGUUUUCCAAUUACGAUGCUUCGAUGUACCUGCGUCGUCGUCGUUAAAAAUGUGUAUUUGUAUACUCCUUCACAACAUGUUAUUUCUUUCACGUAGCGUGCAAAUACGUAUUGUGUUCGUAAUUAUUAUAUUACGCAUUCCAAACUAUUGCAACUAUUGUAAUUUGUAUUAGCGAACAGCUGAUAGCGCUGUUUAUCUAUUUAGGAUGAUUUUUUUUUUAACGAGUAAAAAAACUUGUUCGUUUGUGUGAAAUCAAUUUUUAUAAGUUUGUGAUUUUUUUUGUAUUACUAUAAGUAAGAAGAAGAGUCGUGUUACAUUACGUAUCUGUGAGUUGUGAGAAAUAUUCUCACGUUGUUUUCGUUUUGUGUUUUUCGUCGUCGAAAUAAAAAUCAAUUUUUAUUCCUUUAUUAUGUUUAACUUAUACCUACAUACUGCGUUCUUUUAUCGCUACCGCGUAUCGAUGCGAUCUAUAUAGUGGAAUUUUAACGAUUUAUUUAUAUUUUAUUAGAUUUUUUCCUGCGUUGUUUUCACUAAAGAGAACACGAUAGAAUAUUUUGUCCUUAAUUUUAUUCAGUUUUGUGUAAGUUCAUCGAUUUAUUUUGAAGAUUUCACUGCUUUUGUUACCAAAGUAUUGCUUUUUUUUAUACAGAAAGUUUUCAAAAAAAUAAAUGUGUGAUACUAUGUUUGGUUGAAA